AUGAAUGAAGCUGGUUUGAUUGUUGAUAGCUUUAAUAUUGAAGAUUGGAAUUUAGGCGAUUAUACUCAAGAAGAUGAUCAUAUAAAUAAAUUUUGUGAAAAAAUUGGAAAAAAUGAAUAUGAUCUUGAAAGGGAUUUUCAAGAAGAUUUAAACGAAUUAAGUAUCAAUUCUAAUAGAUUAGAACUUUAUGAUUCAUCAAAAAAAAACGUUUUAGGUACAAGCUCAGAUUGGGUGGUAAAGACUAAAAGUUGUCCAUUAGAUCCACAUCAUAUUCACAUAGUUGGUGACACUAAAAUUAUCAGAACAAAACAAUAUACUCUAGAUGGUUCUAUAAUUUGA